CGUGAGGAGAGUUUGUCGAAGCAAGGCUUUAUUAUACGCGGAUACGUCAUGCGGCGUGGAGUCAUCUGGUUGAGAGUAGUAUUUUCCGCGAAAUUUACUAUCGUUGUUGCGUGGUAAUCGUCGUUAGAAUAGUGCACGUUGAACACGAGGAUUAGUAGUGUACUUCGCACGUUGAGAAACAUUGACGUCCACGUCCUGAGGAUUGUGAUAAUACACGUGUGUGGCGUUGCACGAAGUGAUUCUUACACAUUCACGCUUGUAAUCGGCAUCCAGGAAAAUGCCUAUUGACUACUUAGAAGAUGAAGGUUUAGCGAAGAAUCCGAAUCUCAAGUUGGCGCAGUGGAAAUUUCGUCUGAGCCUGCAUGAUCGACGCUUCAACAAGGAACUACAGAAGCAGUUACUGGAGGCAAUUAAAAGUGGAGAAAUGGCACCAAUUUAUGAAGAAUGGUGCAAGAGCUUAAAAUGGACUGUUGAUGAAGAACUGUUGUCUAGGCUAAAGCAGCUUAAUAUGGAAAAACUCAAACAACUUAAUGAUGAAAUUGAAGAUGCAGAGAAGAAUUUAGGGGAAAUGGAAGUUCAGGGAGCGUACAUGAAAAAAUCAGAAUACCUAUGCACUAUUGGAGCAAAGGAUGAAGCAGUGAAAAAUUUUCAAAUCACAUAUGACAAAACUGUAUCUCUUGGCCAGCGGUUGGAAAUUGUGUUUUAUUUAAUUAGAAUUGGCUUUUUCUAUUGGGAUCAUGACCUGAUUACAAGAAACAUUGACAAAGCAGAAAGCUUAAUUGAAGAAGGUGACAGUUGGGAACAUCGCAACCGGAUGAAAGUUUACAAAGGAAUAUAUUCUAUGAUGAAAAGAGAUUUUAAAAGUGCUGCUAACUCAUUUUUGGACUCAAGUUUAACUUUCACUUGUUAUGAAUUGAUGGAUUAUCAUGAGUUUAUCCGUUACAUUGUACUAAUGGGUGUGAUCUCUGUGCCUCGGAAUGAACUUAAGGAGAAGAUUAUAAAAAACUCUGAAGUUUUGGAAGUUUUGCAUAAUGACCGUUUCAUGAAAGACUAUGUGAUGUCUCUAUAUGACUGUCAUUAUGCGGAAUUCUUCAAAAAUCUUGCUCAAGUGGAAGACUUUCUUAAGCAUGAUUAUUACCUUAGCCCUCACUAUCGUCACUAUAUACGAGAAAUGCGACUGAGAGCAUAUACCCAAAUUUUGCAAUGCUAUCAAAGCUUAACUUUGGAUUUUAUGGCAGAUACAUUUGGAGUAACUGCUGAAUUCAUUGACAAAGAACUAUCAAGAUUCAUAUCUGACAGAAGAGUUGAUGGUAAAAUUGAUAAAGUUAGCAACAUUGUUGUGACUGAUCAUCCUGAUGCAAAGAACUGGCAAUAUCAAGAAAUAAUUAGACAAGGGGACACAUUACUAAACCGUGUUCAGAAGCUCUCUCGAGUGAUUAACAUAUGAUGCUGCAAUUUAUCCUACACUGCUGCAAGUGAAUAUGGAUUGUUUGACUCAUCCAUUGCCAAAUAUUGUGCAGUUACCCUCCUUCACACAAUUUCUGUGAUUUGUAAUGAAUGUGAAUUUUUAUAGAAACCUAUUGUUCAGUGUCUACCUCUAUUAGCUACUAUCAGUUAUACUCACAUUUUUUACCUCGGAAAACAGUAGUUGUUACAAUGAACAAAAAUGAGAGAAGUCAACCAUUCACCGGAAGCUGAUUAAUGAUGGCACAUAGGCACAUGUAACGGCAUAGAGAUGUCAUGUUAUACCCUACCAUUCUUUUCCUAUUUUAAGUACAACCCCUCUCACACUCAGUGAUGCAUAUUCAUUAUUCAUGUGAGUGCGCAACCCCCCCAUCCCACGGCCACGGCUUUGAGUGUGUGCUCUUUGGUUUCUGUAUGGUUCUCUCUC